UUUCUUGCUGAGACUCUGUGCUGAGACUCUGAUUACAAAAUAAAUGCAGUAGGAACAGUGUAAUAAGAUUUGAACUGUUACUAUGGCAACACAGGUACUAGGGCAGUCUGGUGGCAGCAGCCUGUUCCCUGGCAAUACUAACCUUGGCAUGGCGCUGCCAAACGACAUGUAUGACUUUGCUGAACUUUCAAAAGCUGAGCUGGCAGCUCCUCAGCUUAUUAUGUUGGCCAAUGUUGCCCUGACAGGAGAAGUGAAUGGCAACUGUUGUGAUUACAUGGUUGGUGAAGAGAAGCAAAUGGCUGAACUGACAACUGUGGGCAACACCAACUUUUCAGACAAUGAUGAAGAAGAUAUAGAUGAUGCACAUGAUGUGGAGAGUAACCAUGAAGGCCUGGAAAACAUGGAACUGGCAGCCCUUGAAGCCCCUGUGGCUCCUCAUACUGAGACUGCUGCAGAAGUGACUGAAUCUUCUGUUCCUCCUAGCCCAGGCAAAGACAUCCCUCAGAAAGCAUCAGGUGUUCCAGAUGCUCCGGAGACCACAGAUGAGAAAUGUAAGAGCUUGAAGAACAAGCCCUUUCGUUGUAAGCCUUGUCAGUAUGAGACAGAGUCAGAAAAGGAGUUUGUGGAUCACAUCCGCGUACACGGUGCCAACCGAUUAAUUGUAGAAGAAAAAGCCGAGAAGCUUGGCCAGGUUAAAGAAACGGAGUCUAGUGGCACAGAUGAGGUCGAUUUCUCUAAGGGGCCCAUUAGAUGCGAUCGCUGUGGUUAUAACACUAGCAGAUAUGAUCACUACCUAGCUCACUUGAAGCACCACAACAAAGUCGGAGAAAAUGAGUGGGUCUACAAAUGCACCAUCUGCACAUAUAUGACAGUCAGUGAAUAUCACUGGAAGAAGCAUCUAAGAAACCAUUUUCCACGGAAAGUAUACACAUGCUCACAGUGCUCCUACUUUUCUGACAGAAAGAACAACUAUAUCCAGCAUAUUCGAACUCAUACAGGAGAACGUCCCUAUCGGUGUUCCAUGUGUCCAUAUUCCAGUUCUCAGAAGACACAUUUAACCAGGCACAUGCGUACUCAUUCAGGUGAGAAGCCGUUUAAAUGUGAACAGUGCAGGUAUGUGGCAUCAAACCAGCAUGAAGUGACUCGGCAUGCGAGGCAGGUUCACGAUGGACCCAAACCACUGACCUGCCCCCACUGCGAGUACAAAACAGCUGACCGAAGCAACUUUAAGAAGCACGUUGAGCUCCACGUCAGUCCGCGACAGUUCCUGUGUCCUGUCUGUGAGUAUGCAGCAUCCAAGAAAUGUAACCUGCAGUAUCACAUUAAGUCUAGGCAUACUGACUGCUGCGGUAUCUCAAUGGACGUCUCAAAAGUAAGACUACGGACUAAAAAGAGUGAAGCGAACACUGCAGAAAAUGAUGGUAAUGAUAAUAAAGGGAGACAAGAGAAAACAAAGAAGGAGUCUACUGAAAAAAAGAGUGAGAAAGUUGUAAAAGAAGAGAAGAAGGAGAACUCGUCUAAAGAGAAGAAACCAACUAGCAGUGUUGGUACGGGCCAGGUGACCACCCGAAGUCGCAAGACAGUGGCUGAAAAGGAGGCUGUGAAACCUGACAAAGUGACCGAGAAAUCUAGUAAAACAAAGAAGUCAAAAAGAAAAGCUGAUGCCUUGACUUUGAAAAAAGAUCCUGUACCAGAUACCGAUGUAAUAGCAAAAAAGAAGAAGAAAACAGAGAAAAAGUCCUCCAAAUGUCAGGAAUCUCAAAAGGUUGCAAGCAAAUCGGAGGUAGCCAGAAAGCAAAAUUCUUGCCAUAAGAAAAACAAGAAAAAGAAAUCCCAGAAGAGUAAGUCUAGUAAAAGCAACAAAACUCUUGAUGGCAAAAAUGUCCCAGAUCAGGCUCCUGUCUCUGAAGAAUCUCCUGUUACACAGGAGGGAGAAAGUAAGGCAGCUGAUGAUCCUUGCAGUGGACCACCACUCACUGAUGUUCCAAAGGACGGAGAGAACCAGGGAGUUGUCAUCGAUGCUCCAAAGAACGGAGAGAACCAGGGAGUUGUCAUUGAUGCUCCAAAGAACGGAGAGAACCAGGGAGUUGUCAUUGAUGCUCCAAAGGACGGAGGGAACCAGGGAGUUGUCAUUGAUGCUCCAAAGGAUGGAGAGAACCAGGGAGUUGUCAUUGAUGCUCCAAAGGAUGGAGAGAACCAGGGGCUUGUCCUGAGGGAGACUCUGCAGUAUCAAGAGCCACAGGAUCAAGAACUGCAGGCUGAAGGGCCACAGCCUGCACAGCAUGUGGUUGAAACCAUGGAGUUAGGGGUGAAAGACCAAGAAAUGCCCAUGCUGGCAGAAGAGGCUGCAGAAGCUUCUCGGAGCGAAGUUGAAACAGAACUACCUCUCAUUCCUGAAGCCAGCUCUGAGGCCUUUUCUGAUACUGCCUUGGAAAAGGAGACUGAUGUGCUAAAAGACACUUUACCAGAUUUGGCCCAAGAGAUUCAGACCACACACAGUUGUGAGGUGGAAAUGGUAGCCGAUUCAGAUUUGGCUCCAGCAACUCAGCCGAUGGAAAUCUGUGAAACAGAAACUGUAACAGCUCCACAUCCAGGUGACAGUUCUACAAAAGAGCUGCAGGCUGAAGACCCAGAAGGAACGCCAUCUUCACAGUUGCCAGAAAAACCCGAGCAGAGCAUGAAAGCAGAUCUGGCUACAGCAUUGCCUAGUGGCAUCACAGUGAACGAAAGUCAGGAAAUGGAGGAGGAUGAGGGCAUCCACAGUCACGACGGCAGUGAUAUAAGCGACAACAUAUCGGAAAGAAGUGAUGAUUCUGGAUUAAAUGGUGCUCGGUCAGUGCCGGAGGAAACCAAUCGGAAGCCAUCUCAAGAAGUGGCAGAAGCUGAGGCUGUAAAGGAGAACUAUGUGUGUAUAUUUUGUGAUCGUUCUUUUAACAAAGAAAGUGAAUACAGUAAGCACCUGAACCGACAUUUGGUAAACGUGUACUAUCUUGAGAAGGCAACAAAGGGGCAAGAUUAACCAAACUGCUGUUUAACGACAGUGAUUUCUUCCUCUGUAAGAUCUAGAGCUUUGGUACAGUUCUUGUAGAAUCUUUGCUUAAGCUCUGUUGGCUUAUAUGCUUUUAACGUUUGUUGGUUGUGUUUUUCCUGACCUUUGAUGACAUGUUGAAUUAAUGAACUAUUUGUAUCUCUUUGUGUAGAGAGGUCAAGUAGGGUAUGUAACGCCAUGGCUUGUUAAGUCUGCGCAAUCUCCUGGAUACAUCUCUGGAAUCAUUUGAGUAUUUCUGAGAAUUUCCACCAGAACUCUCCAUAAGUAGUUGGUUUCAGGUGGACUUGGGGCACAAUCCACUUUGAGUGUCCUGCACAAGCUCAGAAGAAACAAAUGAGAGUUUCUGAGAGUGAUGCUGUGAGCCUGUAUUAUUCUGUAUGUUUCCAUGGACUUGUGCAGGAGACGUUCUCAGUGGGCUGGACCUGUUCAGUUAUUUCAUUCCCAGCAGAAAUAUCAACCUGAUCAGAGACGUGGGCAUAUGUUCUCUCCCAUCCCUGUCCCUGCUAAUGGUGAAAAGUGAACUUGAAUUACGACAUCUAUUUGUCUGUGACAUUCUCUGAGCAUCAAGUCCAAGCUCUCCUUCCCCCCCUUUCAUUUGACUUCACUUAGAGACCUACCACAGUGUGCAAGCUUCUUCCAUGUGGUCUCAUUCUAUGUGCCAUGCACCCUGUGUGUGCGUAUGUGUGAGCAGCAGAACUACAAAAGUAAGGCCAAUUAUGCGGGCCUUCCUCACCUAUUUGGAAAUUCACGUGGUUGGCGCCUCCCCAUGUGGUUCUGAAAUUUAGAAUACUCAGCUGUGUGUGAAUGGGGUCUUUAUGUAGGCAGGCGAUUAAGAAGAUACAGUAUUCAUAGAAACAAAGCACAGGCAGGGUCACCACAUUUUCCAUAAAGGGGUGUGGCUUUGAGUCACAGAUAUCUAAGACUCAUCCCAGGUUAAUAGGUCCCUGGACAAAUGCACAAGCCCUCAGUGCUUAAUGAACAGAAACGGAAAGGUUAUUGCUCUGAUACUUUAAUCUGUCUUAAUUUUAGUUUACCUUAACCUGUUGGUGUGAUGAGUGCUUAAAGAACUCAUUUGCUGAUCUGCAAAAAAAUUCGGUGACUUGUUGUAAAAAUGGCACUUUGGGAAAAACGUUGGCUAGCAGUAAUCAUUUGGUCAUAUUUUUAAGUUGCAUGUACAUUUCAGGUCCCCUAAUCAUGAUCAGCAAGCCAAAAUGUUGAAGUA